AAAAAAAAUCCUCCUAAGCCCACCAGAAUACCAGUUAAUUUAUUCAUUUGAACUAUAUGGCAAUGGUGCUGUUGAUGUUUCUACUGCAGCUCAUCAGCAUCUGUGAGGGUUCACCUGGUGGAGCUGAAUAUGAAACGCUGUGCAUAUCUAACACCUGCUUCACUCUGCAUAUGGACAAGGUGAGCUUUGAGGACGCGCGUCAGAGCUGCACUGAAAAUGGAGGUUAUUUGAUGACAGCCAGAGACAAAGAAGAGGAGAAGGUGCUGCGGUCACUGCUCUCUCAAAACGAGAGGGGACAUCAAGACAAGCCCCACAGAUUCUGGAUUGGAUUGAAACUGCACAAAGGGGACUGCGUGUUACCCGAAAGGACUCUUAAGGGUUUUAAGUGGAUAUCUGAAAACGAGCAAACGGAGUACUCCAACUGGGGAAAGGAGCCCAUACGCACAUGCACUGAGGAGCGAUGUGUAACAGUGCAGGACUCUGUAUCAGGUCCAAAUCCACUCAAAUGGGUCGCUGGAACGUGCAGAGGCCCCGCUUUUUACGCAUGCAAGUUUUUUUUCCAGGGCAUGUGCAAACCUUUGACACUGCUGGGACACGGGCACAUUAACUACACGGCGCCCUUUUCAGCAAAGCCACUGAGAAAUUACAUGAAGUCAUUACCACUCGGGACAUAUGCGAAUAUUUUGUGCGCGGAUCAUCAGUCGUACUACUCUGUGUGCACGUCUGACCGUUGGAAUCACCCCGGUCCGUUUUGCAAUUCUGGAAAGCAAAACUGCGCCCUUAACAACGGUGGAUGUGAACAUUUGUGCGUUGAGGCUGCAGAUGGGGUGCGUUGCGCUUGCAAGGAAAACUAUGAGCUAGGGCAAGACAGGCUCUCUUGCAAGUUGAAGGACUUUUGCAGCGAUUAUGCAUGUGAGCAUCAGUGCGCAAAGGGGGAGUCCGGUUACUCCUGCGUGUGUCCGGGGGGCUUCACACUCGACGUGGACCAACGGAGCUGCGCUGAUAUUGAUGAAUGCCUAACGCAGGUGUGUGAGGAUCAUAGCUGCGUCAAUACGCGCGGCAGCUACAAAUGUGAGUGUAAGGAGGGCUACGAAUUGAUCGGCGGUAAAUGCCGCGAUGUGGACGAGUGCACCGAAGCAAGGUGCGAGCAACGCUGUCUGAACUCUCUGGGCUCCUUCUCCUGUCACUGCAACGCCGGCUUCACUGUGUCCGAGGACGGCCACUCGUGUGUGGAUGUGGACGAAUGCCUCAGUAGUCGUUGUGAGUUUUGCACCAACACUCUAGGCAGCUUCUUGUGCGAGUGUCCAAGGAACUUCCACCUGCAUAGCGAUGGAGUCACAUGCACCCCAGAUUUGGCAACAGACACCUCCACCGCCGCUUCAUCUGGCGUGUCAGACGGCAGAGAAUUAGGCGAGAAAGACGCCGAAACUCUAACCAUAACCACAAUCGAAGUUCAGCACCAGUCCCCGCACACCGACGCACCGCUCCCAGACCCGGAGGGCGUCAUUACGCACGGCGUCGCUCAGGGCAACAUCUCCUCAGAGACAAGCGUGCACGCCGGCAAGCCCAUCAAUUCCAGGGUGUUGAUUUGCGUCCUCGGCUCUGUUAUCCCUCUUCUCGUCCUGCUGGCAGUGACUGUCGCUAUUGCUAUUUUCCGCUGUGGUCGUUCUAAGAAAGAAGCCAAGAAAACCACCACAGCCGACGGCUACUGCUGGGUGUCCUCUGGGUUAGAACCGCACUUAGAGAAAUUAUAUGAGUCCAUAUUGACGGAUGAUCUAUGACCUGCCAGCAGUGGAGAAUGGGUAUCAUAUUGUUUUGUUUAUUUAUGUUAUUUAUGUUCCAUCAGAUGAAAUUCAAAUGGACUUCACUGUACCCAGAGAUGAUGUGAAGGAUAAAUUCACCUUACACUCGGUGCACCAAGUUUUAUUUGCCCUUUGGUUGAAAUCCUUAUGUUGUCAGUUUAUUUUGUUAAACUUUUACAUGUCACAUAAGAC